UCUGUGAAAUUCGCAUAUAAAACCGUUGCUUGAUUGUAGCACCAACUUCAGUUGAUCGCUGCCAGUGUUGUCGAACGGUUGUUGUUUAACGCUAAUAUUUAGUUUCGCGCUAAGAAAUAUCUACGAAUUUAAUUUUUUUUGUGUGGCGUAUUGCAUUUAAAGGCAGCAGCAGUGUUCGACCGCAAUUCAUAAGCGAACAAACAUGCAGACCGUAAUUAAAAAUCCCAAUUGGUGGCGUAGACGUACUACACUGGAGCGAUGCCUUGUACUGAUCAGUAUUAUUGCUUUGAUCGCCGUGAUUGGUCUAGUCAUUGGACUGGUUUCUGUAAUACUCUCAAAUCGUUUGGCCGAAGAGCUGAAAACAUCCGCCAGCCCACCAGAAGCGCUACAAGGCCCUAGCCGACCUUCAGACAAUGAAGUCAUUGUACCACCACAAAAGUCACCGAAAGAAGAUGUCUGCCUUUCAGCCGAGUGCAUACACACCGCUUCUGCGGUAUUGAGCAAAAUGAAACCGGAGGUGGAACCCUGUGAUGAUUUCUACCAAUUCGUUUGCGGCACUUACAUUGAGGAACAGCUAAUACCCGAUGACAAAGAUUCCCUGAAUACGUUCUCGCUCAUCUCGGAUAAACUGCAUGAACAAUUGAAGGAGAUUAUUACCGAAAAGCGACCGGUAACUGAGCCCAAGCACUUCCAGCUGCCGAAUGCGCUUUACAUGGCGUGUAUGAACAAAACGCUUAUUGAACAACUGGACGCCUCACCUAUUGCCAAUAUUGCCAAAUCACUUGGCGGCUGGCCUGUAAUUGAAGGCGAUUCUUGGAAUGAAGACAACAGCUGGAACUGGCAAGAGACUGUGAAGAAGUUCCGCAAGAUAGGUUUCAGCAUGGAUUACAUAAUGGAUUUCUCGAUUAGUGUGGAUCUGAAAAAUAGUGUAACGCGUAUUAUUGAUUUUGAUCAGUCGGCUAUUGGCUUGAGCCGCGAGUAUCUUGUCAAGGGCUUCAAUGAAACUCUGGUGAGCUCUUACUAUGAUUACAUGGUCGAUAUGGCAGUGCUGUUCGGCGCUGAUAAGGAAAAAGCGAAACAGGAAUUGCGUGAGUCGCUCGAGUUCGAGAUGGCGUUGGCUAAUAUCUCGUGGCCUGCUGAGAAGCGUCGCAACACAAAUGAUCUCUACAACAUACGCACGCUGAAGGAACUGCAAGAGACCUAUCCUUACGUGCAAUGGGUGGACUACACGAACGCCUUGCUGCCGGAUAAGUUAACAGUGGACGAAGAUGAGCCUGUGAAUCUAUCUGUGCCCAGUUUCUUUGAGGCCUUAGGUCCUUUGUUGGAGCGUACACCCAAUCGCGUGAUUGCGAAUUAUAUGAUGUGGCGCAUUCACGCUUUCUCCGUAGUCUUCCUCUCCGAACAGUUCCGCAAGCGACAAUUGCAAUAUGCGACCGCUUUGUCGGGUCGUCAGGAACAGGAGGCGCGCUGGAAGGAGUGCGUGGAUAUCACUAGUGGCAGCGAUUUCGGUGAUAUCGAAGAAGAAGUAGAUGGCUUGGCCAUUGCCGUUGGUUCGCUGUAUGUGCGCAAGCACUUCAAACAAGAUUCCAAAGCCAUUGCGUUGGAUAUGGUAAACCAAAUUCGUGGCGUCUUCGAUAAUAUACUCAGCGAGGUUGAUUGGAUGGACGAGGUGACCAAGAAGGAGGCUAAGAAGAAGUUGCACUCGAUGACUACACACAUCGGCUAUCCAGAUGAGAUGUUGGAUAAUUCGAAAUUGGAGGAAUACUAUCGCAACUUGGAUAUUGAUCCCAGCAAGUAUUUUGAGUCCUUCCUAAAGAUGAAUGUCUUCGGCACCGACUACUCGUUCAAUAAGCUGCGCUUGCCGGUCAACAAAACGGAUUGGGUGCGUCAUGCCCGGCCAGCCGUUGUGAAUGCUUACUACUCGUCGAUUGAGAAUAGCAUACAAUUCCCCGCUGGUAUUCUGCAAGGUCACUUCUUCCACGCUGCCCGUCCCAAGUACAUGAAUUACGGUGCUAUCGGUUUUGUUAUUGGCCAUGAGAUUACACACGGCUUUGACGAUCAGGGUCGACGUUUCGAUUUGCAGGGCAACUUGUUAGACUGGUGGGCGGAUAAUACGCAGAAAGCCUACCUGGAUAAGGCCAAGUGUGUCAUUGAGCAGUACGGCAACUUCACGGAUCAGCAAACGGGCUUGAAUGUCAAUGGCGUCAAUACUCAAGGUGAGAAUAUUGCCGACAAUGGUGGCGCGAAGGAGUCUUACAGAGCCUAUCGCCAAUGGGCGGAAAAGAAUGGCCCAGAACCGAAGUUGCCCGGCUUGGAAUACACGCCCGAGCAGAUGUUCUGGAUAUCGGCGGGUCAAACGUGGUGUGCCAAAUAUCGCACAGAAACGCUCAAAAUGCGCAUCACAACUGGCGUUCAUUCGCCCUCGCAAUUCCGCGUCAUGGGCACAUUCAGUAAUAUGAAAGAUUUCGCGCGCGAUUUCAAUUGUCCCGAAGGCUCGCCAAUGAAUCCGAUACAGAAGUGUGAGGUCUGGUAAACCAGAGCCGCGCCGCAACAAAA